ACUAUCGCGCCUUUUUCUCAAUCAAUUUUGCCCAUUGCUGGGCAGGCAGCCUUGUUACCCGCGAUGAAGUCCGUUCCCCGCAUCUCCGCAUUAUCGUUGACUGCUUCCCGCCAUACUAUAUCGACACGAGCAGGGCAUUCAAUUUUCUGUCGGUAUUACGCUGUUCAAGCCCCUGGUGCUCCAACUCUCGAAAUAUUCAACAAGCAUGCAAAAUACCUCCAGAAAGAACGCGCAGCGUCCAACGCUGAAGCUAGCCGAAGGGUAGACUACCUCCGAGAUGAGGUUGCAACGAGGUUAUGUGAGCGAUUACUUUUCAUUAACAGAUCGCUCCCUCAUGUCCUCGACCUUGGUGCCAAUGCAUGCCAUAUUUCACGGAUCUUGACCCUUUCCAAUCUAGAUCCAGAUCCUUCCUUGCCUCCAGCUCCGCCGCUGUGUAAUCGAAUCGAGAAACUUACUGCUGCGGAUGCGUCUCCAACGAUGCUCUACCGCGAUGCAUCUCUGCCUUAUAACAAUGACUUGAACAUUCAUCGGGAGGUUCUUAAUGACCCAGAGCAUCUCCCCUGGGAACCGAACACUUUCGAUGCUGUGCUUAGCAGUCUCUCACUGCAUUGGAUCAACGAUCUGCCAAGCGUCCUUGCGCAGGUAGAAUCGAUACUCAAGCCAGAUGGCCCGUUCUUGGCUGCUAUGCUAGGCGGAGACUCACUUUACGAGCUACGUACCUCUUUGCAAUUAGCUGAGAUGGAGCGACGGGGCGGUGUAAGCCCACGCGUCUCACCCCUUGCUGAUGUGCGGGAUGUUGGAGGCUUACUGCAGCGGGCUCGCUUCAAGCUGUUGACUGUAGACGUGGAUGAUAUUAUUGUGGAUUAUCCGGAUUCAUUUGCGUUAAUGACAGAUCUGCAAGCCAUGGGUGAAAGUAAUGCCGUACUGGGAAGGGAGCCAGGUCCAAUUCCACGAGACGUCCUGCUGGCAGCCGAACCAAUCUAUCGGGAACUGCAUGGGAAUGAAGACGGGACGCUACCGGCGACCUUCCGGCUCAUUUAUAUGAUCGGAUGGAAGGAAGGACCGGGCCAAAAAGGGCCUUUGGAGAGGGGAAGUGGACAAACGAACAUGAAAGAUAUCCUAGAAGGCAAUGAUAAGAAAUAG